GCGCGGGAGCGUCGGCCCCUCCCGCCGGUGCCUCGCAGGAUCCCCCACAGCCCUCCGCGCUGGGGAGCUGCCACGGGGAGCGCCGCCGCGGCUUCCAGCGCAGGGCGUGCGACUUCACUGUCCCUUAGAGAAGUCUGUUCUCACAUGUGACUCCAAAUCAACAUCUGUAGAGUUGCAAUGGUCUGUACACUGAUCCCUGAGGAACUCUCAAGUGACUACAGGUUCAUAAGGAGGUCAUGAUAUGUGAGAAUCCAGAUAAAGACAUGCAGUAAUAUCCAGUAAGGCCCAAAAGACAACUUUUUGUUGGUGGGUAAUACACUGGAUUUUUGUUAGAAAACCUGCAAGAGUUACACAGUCAGUAAAGAUGUCAUACUUAAUAAAAGGAGUUACAUGUUGCAGUCCUGUGAGAGACAUGCACAUAGUGACAGGAACUCUGUUUAAAACACACAUAUUUAAGAACAUAUUGGGCAUCAAUGGACAACAAUUCAAAAUUUCACGUACAUCAUCUCAACUUAGUUCUGAAAACGUAAACUCUUACAAUUAUGUCAUUGUUGGAGCUGGAUCAGCAGGGUGUGUAUUAGCCAACAGGUUGACUGAAGACCCUUUCAGUACUGUACUGCUUUUGGAAGCAGGCCCUAAAGAUACCUUUCUAGGCAGUAAAAGACUAAUGUGGAAGAUUCAUAUGCCUGCUGCAUUAACUUAUAACCUAUGUGAUGAGAAAUAUAACUGGUAUUACCACACAACAUCACAAAAGCAUAUGGAUAACCGAAUUAUGUACUGGCCCCGUGGAAGGGUAUGGGGUGGCUCCUCUUCUCUCAAUGCUAUGGUAUACAUUCGUGGGCAUGCAGAAGAUUAUAAUCGAUGGAGCAAGGAAGGGGCUAUAGGAUGGGACUAUGAACAUUGCUUGCCCUACUUUAAGAAGGCACAGACACAUGAACUGGGGCCAGAUAAGUACAGAGGUGGAAAUGGACCCCUGUAUGUGUCAAGAGGGAAAACAAACCAUCCUCUUCAUCAUGCAUUCCUGGAGGCAGCCCAGCAAGCUGGGUAUCCCUUCACAGAUGAUAUGAAUGGCUAUCAGCAAGAAGGAUUUGGCUGGAUGGACAUGACUGUACAACAAGGUCAAAGAUGGAGCACAGCUAGUGCUUACCUUCGCCCAGCGUUAUCACGCCCAAAUUUGUCAGUCACAGAGAAGACACUUGUAACAAAAAUCUUGUUUGAAGGAACAAAAUCCAUUGGUGUUGAGUAUGUGAAAAAUGGGCAAAGGAAAAAGGCUUUUGCCAGUAAAGAAGUUAUAUUAAGCGGAGGUGCCAUAAAUUCUCCACAGCUGCUUAUGUUGUCUGGGAUUGGCAAUGCAGAUGAUCUAAAGAAGCUGGGGAUCCCUGUUGUUUGCCAUCUUCCUGGAGUAGGCCAGAACCUUCAAGAUCAUUUAGAAGUGUACGUCCAGCAAAAGUGCAGCAAACCUAUUACUCUAUAUAAUGCACAAAAGCCAGUUAACAUGGUGAGGAUUGGUCUAGAAUGGCUUUGGAAGUUUACAGGUGAGGGAGCCACUGCCCACUUAGAAUCUGGUGGUUUUAUCCGAAGUGAAGGAGGGGUUCCUCACCCCGACAUUCAGUUCCACUUUCUCCCUUCUCAGGUGAUUGAUCAUGGUCGGGUUGCUUCCAAAAUGGAAGCUUACCAGGUCCACGUGGGACCCAUGAGGAGCACGAGUGUGGGCUGGCUAAAGCUGAAGAGUACAGACCCAAAUGACCAUCCUAUCAUUGAGCCUAACUACAUGUCAACAGAAAGAGAUAUUUGGGAAUUCCGCCAGUGUGUCAAGCUGACCAGAGAGAUCUUUGCUCAGAAAGCUUUUGAAAAAUUUCGUGGGCCUGAAAUUCAACCAGGAAACCACGUUCAGUCUGACAAAGAAAUAGAUGCCUUCAUAAGGCAGAAGGCUGAUAGUGCUUAUCAUCCUUCCUGCACCUGUAAAAUGGGUCAGCUUUCAGAUAGCACUGCUGUAGUUGAUCCCCAAACAAAAGUAAUUGGUGUUGAAAACUUGAGAGUAGUAGAUGCUUCAAUAAUGCCCAGUGUUGUCAGUGGAAAUUUGAAUGCCCCAACUAUUAUGAUAGCAGAGAAAGCUGCAGAUAUAAUUAAGGGCCUCCAAUCGCUUCAGGAGAAAAAUGUUCCUGUAUAUAAGCCCAAGACCUUGGAAACACAGAGAUAAACAAAUGUUCUCAUCCUUCCACAUCUUUUGCUAUCUAGGCUUUCAUCAGCAUGUUGGUAUCUCAUGCUGAACAUGCCAACAAAAUAAAUACCACACAAAACAACAUAUCCUACCAAAAUAAUUAUUAAUUUGAACCAUUCUCUUAUAUUAGACUACCUAUUCAUUUUUUUAGUCAGUUGGCUUAUUUUAGUUAAACAUGACCUUUUGUGGUACAAUUCAAUGUUUUUGUUGAAGAGAAGCUAUUUCUAAAUGACAAGACAGUUGUGCACAUAAGCCAGAAGUACUGUGCAAUUGCAUGAGGAAUGGAAGAGGCUAAUGUGUGCUAUUUUGAAUAUCAUUAUGUUAUGCUUCGUUAUUUAAAGGAAGGUUUUUAACUGCUGUGAGAGCUUUACCCAGGAUAACAGCUAGUCAGUAAUACACCCAUCCUGCAAAAAAUGGUUAAGUAAAUGUAAGCAUUUAUGCAAUUUUAUAUUCACAGGCCAAAGUAGUUCCUAUCAGAAUUCAUAGAAGAGGAGGAACCUGCAUCCAUUUGGAAUUUGUCAAAUGUGGGGUUUUUUUUAUGAGGAAUGCAGAGUUUACAAAUCCUGACUGAAAGUUAGACUUCACCAUACUUCUGAACUGUAUAGUGUUCAGAAAGAAGACACACAUUGUAUUUAUCAGAAACUUAUUUGUCUAAGAAAUGCAGAACAGGAGCUGAUAUUUAUAAAAAUGUACUGAAAAAUUGGCGUUUCUUCUUGCUUUUUUCACAAGGAGCUUGGUAGAAUUCAGUUCACAAUUUAAGCUGAUUUAGUCAUACCACUUUUUCAUUUAGCGCAGUAAGAGGACUGCACUUCCUGUAACAUCCUUAAAGUUACGGUCUUUGCCCAGCGAUGAGUGUUUGCAAAGAUAUUUCUCAGCAAAUAUGCUCAAUGGUGCCUUACUAUCGCCCAAAUUUUAUUAAAACAAAUUACAGCCAAGCUAGAUUUAAAAUGGAAGGUUACUCAAGUAACUGCAUAAGGUCAGGUGUUGAUGAGGGGGGAAGAGAUCUUUUUAAAUUAGAAGGCAAGUAACUUAACUUAGUGAGCCAAUGCUAUAUUUUAGUUAGGGCUUAAAUCUUUGUUUUACUAUCCUGAGAUGUGCAAAGCGAGAGACAUGAUCUUUUAUGGCUGUUUUCUGUGUCAAUCUAAAGGUCAGGUACUGAUUUUUAAAUAAAAAAACGUAAAGAAACUGAACUCAUUGAAUGAAAUUGAAUCAAUUGAAUUGUCUGGAUUUAUUAACCAUUCCAAAUUCUGACUAAGCAGCUGUCAAAUGAUUGAUAAAGUAAAACCUUCCGUAGCCUAAGACUGCUCAGGACUUGUGGUAAACAGAAUAAACUUUUGCGUUUGAGCAGAUCGUAAAAAAACUUGCUGACUCAGAUGUUGGCUAGAGGGACAACUGCAGAUGUUUAGGGCACCUACUUCGCUCUGGUGAUGCUUGCUGUAAGGCAGUGGAUGGAAGCCCUGCUGCUAACCGAAGGAAAGGACAAUUCAUGAUAAUAGCUGCAUACAGGCAAAUAAAAAUACUGAAGGUGGAAGAUGAUAGCAGUGAACUCUGCUUCAGAGACAGGUAAACCCUUUCUAUGUACGUGAUGCAUUCUUUUGGAAUGAGGGGAAGAGCAAGAAUAUUUGAAGUCCUAGGUGAUUGAGCAGCUGUGUUAAUAAGACAUCUGAUGCAACUGUACGUUUGAGGAAGGCGUGAACUGUGUGUGGUGUGUUUUUUAUGGCAAGUAAUUUUUAUUCGGCACCUGUGCUUUUGAGAUUUUUACUUAAAGGAAUUCAAUAGGUAUCUUAGUGGCAUUUGGAACACAAAGUAUUGGGAUACUCAGAGUAAUAUAUACUGGUGAGACGUACCACAGUCCUGUGCAGUUGAGAGGGAAAGUGAUUUGUAAAUGUGGAAUACUGAAGUUGCUGCAUUUACAGCUUUACAACAUGGAUUUCCCCUCUAGGCGUGCAAGGUGGGAAUGUUGCUGUGCAACUGCAGAGGAUUAAGUAGCCACUGGCUUACAUAACUUAUUACUGAACGGGAGCAGUGUUAUCGUCUGCCCUUAUGGCAGGAUCUAAAAGAUGAGGAAACAGCAAAGGUAGCUACACAUACCAGACUGCACGUGUGUCUUUAUGGUCAGGGAGACAUUGCUGCAUUGUGGCCUCAGAUAAUUGGGCAUUUCUUCUGGAACAUCAUAAUCUUUUCUUGCCAUUCUAAACAUACACAGACACCUUGCAGAUGCCUCCCCUUCUGAUCACGUAAAUAUUUUCAUUGCUGUGAACUGCAGUUGCUUUAUUAAUUUAGGCCUCGCUGCUAUAGAAGAGGCUCCUUCAUGACAUUCCUUUGAGGCAGCGCUAAAGAAAUGGCUCAAGUGUUUGAAAGUUUUGUUGCCCUGGGGAAAUCUUCAGGUAGCAUCAAGCUACUGUGCGUCUCCUGCAUCGUACCUGGUUCCUGAUACUAAAUUCCUGUUAAUAUUGUUCUUAGUUCUAGCAGUCAAGUCUGCUAAGGGAUACUUAGAACAGGUGUAAGAGAGUCUAACAUGCUUUGUGGAGCACUGGCAGUCUGCUAGCUAAAAUUAACCAUCUUUUACACCUUACUGGAUUGCAGAACACAAGCUGAUAAUUCCUGAGUUUUCCUUAUUUAACAAAAUAAUACAGUGUAUAAUUGAAUAGUAUUCCCAGUUCUAUGCCGAUAUAAAUUUUUCUACAACUGCACAGCUGAUAUGACGCUAUGUAUUCAAAACCAGUUAACUGAGAAAGCUGUUUGAUGUAAGAAUUUGGAAGUUCCUAGACCUGCCAGCAUGGCUCAAACCAGCAACAGUACUGCGAGAGAAUGCCAGCAUUUCCAUGGUAACUGCUUGCUGCAGGUGCGUCAGACACAGCUGGAGGUCUCUGGCUGGGGGCAAUGAGAUUAAGAAAGAAAAGUGACCAAAAAUGUUUCUUUGCCACAUACUUCAAGUUGCUUUAGUAUGAGAAGUACUUUUGAAAACAGCAG